CCAAUCGCGGGCUUCCUUCCUACAGGCCGUUGGGGCUAUUUAAAGGUGCGCGCCGGACCCAGCGCUGCAGUUGCCGGUCAGCUUGUAUAACGUGUAUCGGUCAUGGCCAGCCAUCUGGAACUCAACAAUGGCACCAAGAUGCCCACCCUGGGCCUGGGUACCUGGAAGUCCCCUCCUGGCCAGGUGACUGAGGCCGUGAAGUUUGCCAUUGACGCUGGGUACCGCCACAUUGACUGUGCCCAGGUGUACCAGAAUGAGAAGGAGGUGGGAGUGGCCCUCCAGGAGAAGCUCAAGGAGCAGGCCGUGACACGCCAGGAGCUCUUCAUCGUCAGCAAGCUGUGGUGCACGUUCCACGACAAGAGCAUGGUGAAAGGAGCCUGCCAGAAGACACUCAGCGACUUGCAGCUGGACUACCUGGACCUCUACCUUAUUCACUGGCCAACAGGCUUCAAGCCCGGGUCUGACUAUUUCCCGCUGGAUGCAUCAGGGAAUGUGAUUCCUAGUGACACUGAUUUUGUGGACACUUGGACGGCCAUGGAACAACUAGUGGAUGAAGGUUUGGUGAAGGCAAUUGGUGUCUCCAACUUCAACCCCCUUCAGAUUGAGAGGAUCCUAAACAAACCUGGCUUGAAAUACAAGCCUGCGGUUAACCAGAUUGAGUGCCACCCGUACCUGACUCAGGAGAAGCUGAUUCAGUACUGCCAUUCCAAAGGCAUCGUGGUGACUGCUUACAGUCCCCUUGGUUCUCCUGACAGGCCCUGGGCCAAGCCUGAAGACCCUUCUCUCCUGGAGGAUCCCAGGAUCAAGGCAAUUGCAGCCAAGUACAAUAAGAGUACAGCCCAGGUGCUGAUCCGAUUCCCCAUACAAAGGAACUUGGUGGUGAUCCCCAAGUCUGUGACACCAGCCCGCAUUGCUGAGAACUUUAAGGUUUUUGAUUUUGAGCUGAGCAGCGAGGAUGUAACCACUCUACUCAGCUACAACAGGAACUGGAGGGUGUGUGCCUUGAUGAGCUGUGCCAAACACAAGGAUUACCCCUUCCACGCAGAAGUCUGAAGCUUCGGGUCCC